CACUGUGACAGCGCAGCGUGAGCUGAGAAGAAGCGCUCUGAGUUAGCUCAUCAGGGCUAACAUGGCGAAACGUCGUGGACCGUAUAAAAGAUAUUUGGAGGAUGACACAGCAGAGAUUCCAAGGACUACCAAGCACAGAUGGAAAGUAAAAGACAGGGCAGAACUACAGGAUAACACACAAGAUCCCAUGAGUCGGCCUAUUGCUUCCCACAGAGAAGUUAGAGAUGAUGUCAACAGUAGGAGAUCCUCCACAAUUAAGCUUUUGGAUACUGCCUUUCAACAAAAUGCCAAUCAUGAUGAUGACAUCAACACAGAUAGUCAUAUGAGUAACACUUCAACCAAUGGAGAAGAAGAACUCAAUAAUUCCAGCAGUGAAGAUAAACUCAGUAAUGACAACUCUUCGACAACCAGCGUGUUGGAUAUGGACAAUCAAGAGAAUGAUUAUACAGAUAACCAAAUCAACACACAGGAACACUGCAGUAACACUUCCAACAGUGAAGAUGAAGAUACUGAACUCAACACUGAGAACCCUACCACAAGCCAAUUGGAUGUGGAAAUUUCAGAGAAUGAGGAAGCCCUGUCACAUUCUGAAGAGGACUUGACUGAUUCUGCCAGUAAUGAAGGUGAAAACCAUGCUGACGAUGAAGACGUGAUGGAGGGGAAUAGUACUAGAGAAAAGACACCUGAAUUUCCAGUGGGCAGUGAAGACCAAGCAGAUGGUGACAAGCCCCUGUAUCCUGGUGCACCUGUUUCAAAGGGAGAAAGUUUACUGAUGCUGAUGUCCUAUGUGCUGCGGAACAAUUUAACCGGCAAAGCACUUACUCAUUUACUGGAACUGUUCAACCUGAUGUUUCCAGGUCUGGUUCCACCCUCACAUUACCUUUUCCACAAAGAAUUUGGAAGUUCAUCACAGUCUGAAGUUCACUUUUAUUGAGAAAAAUGUUUAGCAUACCUUGGCAUUAGUGCAGACUGUCAGUAUUGCAACACAGUAUUUGAUGCCAACACAAGUUUAAAAAAGGGUUUCUACUUUAUUGUAAUUCCCCUUCACACACAGAUUAAACAACUUCUGCAGGAACAUGAUGUCAGUCUUACUGAAAAAAGUAGAUCCUUUGGUGUUUUAACUGACAUACAGUCUGGUGGAGAGUAUCAAAAAAUGUGUGACAGUGGAAUUCUUGGAAAAGAUGAUUUGACUCAUUUGACUCAGCAUUUGGCCAAUUCAGUGCCAGAUAAUUGAACUGGAACCAGAAAUGAGACGGGUGUCGUUCGAUCUGAAGCGAAUGUCCGUUGAAUAUCAAACCUGAAACUGAUUUCACCGCGGUCGAA